GUCCUGCCAAUCAAAAGCUAUAUAUGGUCUCCUAGCAACAACAGUAAAUAAAGAAAAUGGCGGAAGACAAGGAAAGCGCAGAGGCCAUAGUAUCGGAGGUACACAAGAAGAUCCGCGCUGCUUUUGAUGUGUUUGACCACGAGUUCAACAAGACAGUGGAUGUCAGGGAGAUAGGCACUAUCAUCCGCUCCCUAGGCUGCUUCCCUAACGAAGGGGAGCUACAUGACGUCAUAGCAGAGAUUGAGGAGGAGGAGCCGACGGGAUACAUCCGCUUUGAGAAGUUCCUCCCCACCAUGACCAAGGUUCUAAUGGAGCGCAAGUUCCGGCCCACAGAGGACCUGAUGCUCCAGGCCUUUGAGGUUCUAGAUAAGCAGAAAAAGGGUCAUUUGGAACUGGAGGAGCUCACAAAGUACAUGACACAGGAAGGAGAGCCCUUCACCCAGGAAGAGAUGGAGGAGAUGUUGUCAGCUGCAAUGGACCCUGACAAGAACCUCAUCUUCUACAAAGACUUUGUUAGCAUGAUGACCGUGGAUGACCCCAGAUAGACUCUCAAUCACACACACACACACACACCAACACUCACACAUUCCUGCUGGGAGUAAUGACAAAUGUAACCGUUGUCUUGCGUAAUUGUUAUAUUGUUAUAGUCUAAUACAGCAUAUAAUGUGGUAUUGUAAA